UUCCUGUUAACUUGUCACCUAAAUGUAGAGUAGAAAACGGACUGUCUCUGGAAAGCGAAGGAGAGGACAGAGGUGUAAAAGCAGUGAAAUGGUGUGAAAACUGAGCGACUCUAAGAGGAGUUAGGGGACAAGCCGAGGAGGAACACCGCAGGAGGAUUUAAUAUUUUUUGUCAAAUUGUCCUUGAAGUCAGUGAACUCCCGCUUUUUGAUGCUGUCCUCACGGAGGUUUGAGCCAAUAACGGACUUAUUGGUCGGCUGAACCAUGCAGAGGCUGCUGCUCCUGAGUUUGGUGUUGAGUUUUCAAACUGUGUGGACGGCGAGGUUCUCUCAGGAGCCGGCAGACCAGUCGGUGGUGCGGGGCCAGAGGGUGAUCCUGUCCUGUGUUGUCUUCAACUACUCAGGCAUUGUGCAGUGGACCAAGGAUGGCCUGGCCCUGGGAAUCGGAGAAGACCUCCGGGCCUGGCCCAGGUACCGCGUGCUGCGUGUUCAGGAGUUGGGCCAGUAUAACCUUGAGAUCCUGUCAGCUGAUCUGUCUGAUGACUCUCUGUACGAGUGCCAGGCCCCUGAUGCUGCCCUGAGGUCGAGGAGGGCCAAACUCACCGUCCUCAUACCCCCAGAUGAACCGGUGAUCGAUGGGGGUCCAGAGGUGUUGCUGAAUGCGGGGGAGUCCUACAACCUGAGUUGUGUGUCUCGAGGGGCCAAACCUCCUUCCAUGAUUGAGUGGCUUAAAGAUGGUCUGCCUGUUGAGGGGGCUGCCAGCAUCACCGAGGUGCUUCCAGACAGGAAGAGGGUGACCACACGCAGCUACCUGCCCAUCCAGCCCGUCGACACUGACACUGGGAGGAACUACAGCUGUGUAGCCACCAACCUGGCUAUUCCCAGCGGCAAAAGCACAACAGUCACCCUCAACGUUCACCAUUCACCGACAGUGACCUUGUCCAUUGAGCCUCGCUCUGUCCUGGAGGGGGACAGAGUCACCUUCACCUGCCAGGCUUCGGCCAACCCUCCUAUCAUGGGCUACAGGUGGGCUAAGGGAGGCGUGGUACUGCAGGGUGCCAGGGAGAGUGUGUUCACCACCAAAGCAGACCACUCCUUUUUCACCGAGCCUGUCUCCUGUCUGGUCUUCAACGCUGUGGGAAAGACCAACGUCAGCAUCCUUGUGGACGUUCACUUCGGUCCGAUUCUGUUGGUGGAGCCGCAGCCAAAAACCGUAGAUGUUGACUCUGAUGUGACUCUCAACUGCAAAUGGGCCGGAAACCCUCCUCUCACUCUCACCUGGUUCAAAAAGGGUUCCAACAUGGUUCUGAGUAACAGCAACCAGCUGUAUCUGAAGUCGGUGAGCCAAGCCGAUGCUGGCCAGUAUGUAUGUAAGGCCAUCGUCCCACGGAUUGGAGUAGGAGAGACCGAGGUCACACUCACUGUUAACGGUCCACCCAUCAUCUCCAGUGACCCAGUCCAGUAUGCAGCAAGAGGGGAGAGAGGCGAGGUUAAAUGCUACAUAGCGAGUACUCCUCCUCCAGAUAAGAUUGUGUGGGCCUGGAAGGAGAACGUGUGGGAGAAGGAGAAAGGGACGCUGCUGGAGAGGUACACGGUGGAGCAGAGCAAACCUACAGCGGAGGGCGGCGGCGUCCUCUCCACCCUCACCAUCAACAACGUGAUGGAGUCCGACUUCAUGUCCACAUACAACUGCACGGCCUGGAACUCGUUCGGCCCGGGGACGAUGAUCAUCACGCUGGAGGAGAACGAGGAAGUCCCAGUGGGGAUAAUAGCUGGUGGGACAGUGGGCUCCACCAUCUUCCUAUUCAUCUUCCUGCUCGUCCUCGUUCUUAUCUUCUACAGGCAGCGCAAAGGCAUCCGGCGUGGGGUCACUCUGGGUAAGCCUGACAUCAAGGUGGAGACGAUAAACAAGGAGACCCACAGCUUAGAGGAGGACUCCGGCAGCGUGUCCACGGCUUCGCGGAUGGUCAAGGCCAUGUACUCGUUUCUCCCCUCUGUGUCCUUCUCUCCUUCAAAUCAGCCCUUUAAAGAUGACAUUGAGCUCAAGUCUGACCUGCGCAGCGACACCCUGGACACCCGCCAGGAGUACGACCUGAAGGAUCCCACCAACGGGUACUACAACGUGCGAGCCUCCACCCACGACGAAGGCCGCCCCGCCUCCCGCUCCACCAUGCACUACUCCGACUACCGCUCCCCCACAGGAACACCAGGGGGAGCCGCUUCCAUCAGCAGCAGUGCCGGAGGCUCGGGAGCCACAGCCAGCGGAGGAGCCCCGGGCCCCCCUGGCCCCCUCACUUCCCCUGGCCGUCCACAGGCCUGCUAUGACCCCCGACCCCCCUCCAGACUUUCCCACAUCAGCUAUGCCCAGUUCAACACCUUCACUCGUGGAGGGCAGAGCCAGCAACCCCCGGCUAACCCCGCCUCAGUGGCCGGUGACUUUCCAGGGGACUGCAGCCUUAUGGACUCCAAUUCCCAGCUGGCCUAUGACAACUAUGGAUACCCCUCGCAUUACCAGACCUACCGCAUGGGUUUCGCCCCGUCCAGCCUUGCCCCACUUGAGGCCGGCCCCUCCUAUGAAAUGUACGGGGUGGGAUCUGGAGUUGCUGGCCCAGGGGUCAGCGUAAGUCCUGGGGGUCCUGGUGGUCCUGGGGGUCCUGGGGUUCCUGGGGUUCCUGGGGUUCCUGGGGUUCCUGCUCCCCCAGGAACAGAGACUGGACUAGGAAAGUACGGCAGCUCCACUCGCUUCUCCUACACCUCACAACACUCUGACUACUCUCACAGCCGACACACACAGAGGAUGCAAACUCACGUGUGAGACAGAGAGACGCAAAAACACCUCACAGUCUUAGCAGAGCAUGAGGACGCAUCUUAUAAAUAGUGUUACACUUAAAAAACACACACAAUCAUAGUUACACGCACACAUUUUCACACACUAACGCCCUACACAACACAAAAAAAACAUCUCACAUGCACCGAGUCAGAAGACCAUGCCCAUGAGACAGGGAGGGUGUGAGAAACACGGAGGCAAGAAGAGAGAAAGAGGAGAGAUUUAGCGAGACAGGGAAGGGAAAUUCCACACAAUUUUGAUUUCCCUAACUCCCAAUGUGUUUGUAUAUCUGAGCUCUGAAAGAGCAGACGGCGCAAGUCACAAUCAAGACUAGGAAAGAGGGCGAGAACUGGAGAGAAGACGAGAGAUCACAGAUCUUUGGAGCGUAGCUUUUGCUAUGAACAGACUUUGUAAAUGAUGGGAGAGAACGUCUUAAGGCAAAAUGACUGUCGAAUAUGGUACACACCAAUCGGGAGAAACCUCAACCAGUGGAACUCAUUUCUGGCCGCCAUUUUUUAAACCUUUUUUUUUGCUGGUUGUCUUAUCCAUGAUCAUAGAGCACAUAUAUAUAGUUCCCAUCAUGCCCUUCUGUACAUUGGUACAUGCCAUCAUGCCUGUUAGGCGGCGUAGGGAUUGGGGGGAGGGGUGUGAACCGGGGUGGGGUUUGAAGGGUUGUCAUCAUUUUGCACUUCAUCUACAGUAUUCAUGCUUAGACGUCCCUUAUCUAUAUCUGUGUAAUGUCUUCUUUUUAUUUGCACACUUGACUAGAGCUUUGUAUUCUAUUUUUUAACAUUACAGAAUUAUUUUUGUCAAUGUAAAACAUGUAAAUGUGUAUGUAUGGACCAAAAGUUUGAACGUGAGCGCACAGGACUCGGGACUUUUCCUGGGUGAUUCCACUGAGACAGGGUGAAGAGUUGUGCCAACAGAAGAUCCUGGAUUCAGGAUUGAUCUCACAUCAGAAGGGUAUAUCAGUGUAUAAAAGAAAACCUAGUGCCAAGUGUUCAUGUUGUUCUUCACCUUAGACCAUGUAUAUGCAGUAGAAGCUCCUUCUAUUGGUGACUGUUGCUUUACAAACCAGGCUUAGGGGCCUUGAGUCAUUCCCAGACAUAUUGUAGGCUGGAGCCUUUUUCUCUGAGCUCUUAACUACACGCCUGGUGCAGACAGAGAGAAAAACACAGAUGUUGGGUUUAGAACUGAGUGGCCUUAUAGGGGAACAUGUCGUACAUUUCCAUUUUGAAUCAUUCCUCAUCGUCUGUCUGCCAAAACGGCCAGAGGAGAAUGUGUAAGGAGAGGUUCAAUGAAGGCUUGUCCACAAUAUUGACAUGUAGUAGUGUAUGACUGCGAGUGUGUGGGUGUGCAAGUGUGUGUGCGUGAGAGAGAGUUCAAGAGGGAGUGUGUGGGUGUAGGCGCGCACAUCGAUUUGUACAGUGUGUUUGUAUAGAUGUGUGAAUGACUGCGUGUGUAUGGGACGCGUACUGUAAACACGCAGUGCCCAACUCAGCUGUGUGUGACUAUUGUAUGCAUCCCGAUGGGUAUACAGUAUGUGUGCGUGUGUGUGUGCAUGUCUGUCAAAGUGUGCGGGUAUGUGUGUUCCAGUAUAUGUCCAUAUCAUUUCUCUCACAAUCCUGUUACAGUACUUUUAUACCUCUGGUAGGACUGUAUCCUGUAUUAUUGUGUCUUUGAAUUUAGGAAAUCCAAUGUUUAUCUUAUUGUACUGUUCUUCGUAGCAGAGAAAACUGUUCAACAGAUGUACAACGAACGUUAUCAAACUCUCAUUUUUUAAUUUCAUUAUCUUCAAUAUUUUUUAAAAAUGGUAUGUAAUUAUUUUUCCACAGUAUUACAUAAAUAAAAGCACUGUUUUUUAUAAGAAA